GUGGGCAUGCAAAUCUACGUCAACACGUGGGAGGGGGACACAGUCGACCUGCGCGUCAAUGCUUUCGACACCGUCGAAACUGUGAAGACGAUGAUGCAGUGCAGCGCGGGCUUCCCCUGCCAUAUGUCGAGUUUGUCUUUCGCUUGCCAGCAGCUGGAGGACAUGUGCACGCUGUCGCACUACAACAUCCGCCUCUGCCUCUGCGUGCCCGUCCGGCUGCUGCUGGCGUCGAGGCCCGCUGCUGCGGCGCCCGAGCGGCCUAAACGGGAUUGGGAUCCUCCUCUUGCUGCGUCUGCGUACACAACGUUCUACGAAUCUUUUGAUUCCCGUGCGGCUGCAUAUAGCAAGAUGGGUGUUCGGAUGAGGGUGAAGGGCUGCAAGGCCACGCUUGUGCGGAGUACAAGCACGUGUGCUUUCCUCCAUUGCAAGCACUGGAACGCAGCAUCCCACGCCUGCGGGUGGAAAGCAAUGGCCCGCUUCAACGCCCAGUCCGACAAGUGGGAAGUCAUGACCAACGGCGUCCCGCACAACGAAGCGGCAUCCAAUCGCACGGGAAAGGUUGGUGUCGACACGAUGGCGCAGCGAACAGCGAUCAUGGAGAAGCUGCGCGCCUCUCCCAUCGUCCGGCCGCGGAUGGCGCUCUUCGCUCUCCGCUCGGACAAGGGCGUGGUCGACGACGGCGUCGACUUGAAGACGGCGCAGAACCUCGCGAAGAAUCAGUUGGGCUUGCAGGCCGCCCACAAACAGGACAUAGGGCAGUUGGCCACAGCUACGCGGCUGCACGUCGCAUGUCCAGGGACGUCAAGGGCAGACCAGCACAAAGCCUACUUCGCCGUCCACCACUUGUCCAAGGACGCCAAGGGCAAACCAAAAAUAACAUUGGUAUGCACAACAAAAUCCUUGCAGCGUCGUUGGGUUCAGCCCAGCGACUCGGAUUGUUGCGCAGCGGAUGGCGGAUACAAAUACAGCCUACUUGGCAGGCCCCUGACAGUUUUCGGGGUCAUUUCCCCUGCUGGCCAUCUGGGCGCCUGCGGCCUCAUGCUGACCAGCACCAUGGGGGUCCACCACAUCAAGGAGGCUUUCCAGGGCUUCCGGGAUUCCACGGAAAGCGUCACUCAGAGAUCUGCCAAGAAGACCUUUUGCAUGAGCGACGCGGAAGCCUGCUUCCAGACUGGACUCUCUGCAGUAUUCGAAGGCAAAGCCCUUAUGUGUGGAUUCCAUUGGGUUCAGGCCAUACGGAAGUACUGGUUCACGCACGCCACGCUGUCUGAAGAGAAUACCGAUACCAUCUGGGUAGAACACGUUUGGCCUGACAUUCUCUUUUUGCAGCGGUCCAUGAGUGACGCGGAGGUUGCUUCGCGCUGGGCCGUGAUCCGCCGACAGUGGGACGCCCUCGGCAUCGUCGCCAACACUAGGCACGAACACGAGAACGGGCAGCUUGACGACAUCUGCAUGUACAUCGAGAAGCAGUGGUUCGGUCGACUUGGAGGAUGGCGAAAGGGUUACUCCCGCACGCCGUUGCCCUCCACGAACAAUGCGUGCGAGAAGCAGGUGGGCCUGACGCGGCAGGACUUCGGGCAGGUGCCGGGCUCCGACCUCCGCUUGUGCCAGUUCAUGCUUGACAAGGGCGCCUUCGUUCGCGUCUCCUCGCGUGGCGGCGGAUAUUGUCUUGGCGACGCCGCCGCCACGGCCACGUACGUCUGCUGGGAACGCACCGAUCCCAAAUCCAUCGACAGCCGGCCGCGGAUGUUGCCCAGGGACGGGAUCAGAAUCCACCAGAUUGCUUUGAAGAUGGCCAACGGCGCGGCGAUCACUGACGAGGAGGCUGCCUUGCAGAGGAAGGCCCGGAUCUUCUCUUCCACGCAGUGCACGUGCCCAGCUUUCUGGCCAACCAUGCAGUGCCUCCACACGUUGUCCUUGCAGCCGAUCCCGGUGGAGGCGGACCCGACUCCGCUGACCCUGUCCGCGCGACCAGCGGGCGGCAGGACCAGGAAGGCCAAGGGCUGCAUGGCCGGGCCGGAGGACUUCAUGGAGCCGUCCCAGGAGGGCAAGGUGGCGCGCGCGAGAGCGGCCCUGCGCGCGGCUGCCGCGCGGCCGUCGAGUCGCGCCCCCCCUCGGAAGCGGCCCGCCGCGGUCGAUGCCGGAGACGGCCCCCCUCUGAAGCGGCCCGCAGCUGACGAUGCCACAGGCGGCGCCCCCGCGCGGCGGCGGUGCACGGGCAAGAGUGCCCCGGGCGUCCCUGGAGAUCCCCACGAGGCGCACAUUUACGUGUAUCAGCCGGUCGUGGGGCCCGGCGGCAAGGUGGAGGAGGCUAACCUGGUCAUCCACCUGCAGGUGCCCGUGCAUACAUCGAUAUCCACAGUGUACCAUCAGAUAGCGCGCGCGGCCGGCCAGGAAGUGAGUGCCAUUCGGGUCAUUGACCUGGACCUCGGCUUAGAUUGGUGCGACGACGAGUCCCCGGUAGGGGGCAAGCGCCGGGUGCUGCUGCGCUCCAGGCAGCGGGGCGGCUAG